AUGUUUUCACAAGGUGAUACAGAACUGCCAAGUCCUCCAAGUGAUAGUAUCUCAUGUUUGAAGUUCUCACCACAGCAGAACUAUCUCAUUGCAGGAUCAUGGGAUAACAAGGUCAGAUGUUGGGAGAUCACUGCAUCGAGCUACUCAGCACCUCAAGGUGUACCAAAGGCAAUGGCUGACUACGAAGCACCGAUUCUAUGUACAGAUUGGAUGCCUGAUUGCACUAAAGUGAUGAUAGGAGGAUGUGAUAACAAGGCAAAGUUGUGGGACUUGGCUACCAAUCAACUUACACAGAUCGCUCAGCAUAACGCACCUAUUAAGGACCUGUUUUGGAUUAAAGAGAAGAAUGUAAUGGUCACAGGUAGCUGGGACAAGACACUCAAGUACUGGGACAUCAGACAACAGAAUCCAGUCUUUUCAAUCGAUCUACCAGAGCGUGUCUAUUCAAUGGACGUUGUCGGUGAGACAUUGGCCAUUGCGACCGCUGACAGGAAGGCACAUGUAUUCAACAUGAACAAUCCAAACCAACCAUUCAAGAGCAUUGAAUCCCCACUCAAAUAUCAAACAAGAUGUAUCGCCCUGUUCACAGAUCAGAAGGGAUUCGCCCUUGGUUCAAUAGAGGGAAGAGUUGCCAUUCAAUCAUUCGAAGAGAAUCCAGAUUAUACAUUCACAUUCAAGUGUCAUAGAGACCCGGUGGAGAAGAGCUCACAAAAGCCAGAGGUGGCAUAUGCAGUCAACAAUAUCUCAUUUGCUCAUCGAUACACAACGUUUGCCACAGCAGGAUCAGAUGGAACAUUCAGCUUCUGGGACAAGGACUCAAAGAGCAGACUAAAGCAAUUCAACAAACAGCCCAACUCUAUCACUUCGGCGUCAUUCAAUGCAGACAACACAUUGUAUGCCUAUGGUGUAUCAUACGAUUGGUCACGAGGAAUGAAUCCAAGCGCUCCAAAGGACAUCAAGAUAUGUGUCCACGUCGUACCCGACACCGAGAUCAAAGGAAAGGGAAGAAAGAAGUGA